UUCGACUUGGGCCUCUUUACACGUAUCUACUUGUAAUCAAACGCUAUGACGUCAUGAAUCCUCUUUGACACCUUUGAAUGGUCGCUUGAACUGGCAGCAGAUUUCAGCCCGUAUGCCUCACCCUAAAGACAGUCAAUUGCUCCAGUGGAAGGUCAGACAACAGCCUUCAGUAUUGAACGCAAUGUCCCGAUCAAGCUACACAGCGUUCCAAAGACAUCUACAGUUCUUCGCGACACCCACAAACCCACCAAGGCUCACCUUCACAUCCGCACUGAAAGGUGCAUGUGCACUCGGCCUCGACUUUCCGGUCUCAGCAGUCCUCAGCCUGGGUCUCAAGCUGCUGUAUGCACCAUUCAACCUAACGGGCAUCAACAUUACCGACAUCCCCCAGUCAUCACAUCGCAGCCAGCUAAGCAAUACCACGCUACCCACAGCUAAGAAGGAGUUCACAUGCUCUGAGCUACUUAGAUUGCUAAACCAAGAGCGCAAUCCAGGGUUCUUGAGGCACAAGAUUGAUCAGGGGCAUAUCAUUGGCUUCUGGAGCAUGGCUGCAAACACGCGCACACACACUGUCAGCAGAGACGAUGUUGAGCGCUUCCAGCAUGGAGAAUGGGAGGAGACGGUUACUGAAAGGAGGCGCAACUCAGACGAGAUUCUGCCGUUGUGGAGAGGAGGACCGAUAUGGGCAGGGGGUCACAGCUUCGCUGUAGAUAAGCUGCUCGGCGUCCAGGUGUACAGGUCGAAGAGAGAGUGAGGCACAGAUUGUCCGCGUGCCGCAACCAGAGCACGAUCGAACACAACGAAAUCUCCACGAUUCCAGAAGAUCACAAUGUACUUGUACAAUAGACACCAAAUGCUGCAAUUGAACUGAAAGACUCGAGGUGUGGCUAAACGUUGAAGUGGGAGGCGCGGCGGCCCCACUUGACGCGGACGCGUCGCGCGCCUUCCCCAGAACUCUGG